CGGUGAGGGAGAGGUGGAGGCUGGUGAUGGAUGUGAAUGGCUAUUGAGAUCCAUGGGGAUGAAGAGAGACGGAAGGAAGGAAGGAAGGCCUAAGGUCGUGGUGAGGGGAGGCCGGCGGGGACAUCAGUGGGUCGGGUGCUAAGGCCUGAAGGGGUGGGGGGGAUCGGAAGAUGAGAGGCUGGUUCCUUUUUUUGCAAAAUGAGGCUAGGUCACUCACACAGGGAUCUUGGGUCCUAGGCGAACCGUGUUGGGCUGGAGUGGGGCGGGGGUUGUAAAAGACGACAAGGACGUACAGUGAGUGGGAAAGGCGGGCCUUCGGUGUUCAGGCAUGCGGACCGGUGUGGAAACGUUGCAGAUCUGACGGGGAGCGGCACGUGGAUGACAAUGAAACAAAAGUGGAUACUGUGUACAGCAUUGCUGUUAGUUGGAAUCUCUGUCAUCCAAGCACAUGACCAUGACCACGACCACGACCACGAUGAUGUAAUAGAUGUUGAUGAUGACCUUGAUGAUGGUGUUGAAGAGGUAGAAGAGUUGAAGCAUGAAGCCAGCACUCCUCCUCCCCUCCCAAAGGUUACUUACAAGGCCCCAGUCCCAACAGGAGAAGUUUAUUUUGCUGAGAACUUUGAUAAAGGAACUUUUGAAGGAUGGGUUGUUUCCAAAGCUAAGAAGGAAGAUACAGAUGAUGAGAUUGCCAAAUAUGAUGGCAAAUGGGAAGUGCAGGAAAUGAGGGAUUCUAAACUACCAGGGGACAAAGGGCUUGUGCUAACUGACCGGGCUAAACAUCAUGCAGUCUCUGCUAAACUUAACAAGCCCUUUGUCUUUGACACCAAGCCGCUCAUUGUACAGUAUGAAGUCAGUUUCCAAAAUGGAAUUGAAUGUGGUGGUGCAUAUGUGAAGUUGCUUACUAAAGCUGCUGAGUUGAACUUGGAUCACUUCCAUGACAAAACUCCAUAUACAAUCAUGUUUGGCCCUGACAAAUGUGGGGAAGACUACAAACUGCACUUCAUCUUCAGACACAAGAGUCCCAAGACUGGCAAAUAUGAGGAGAAGCAUGCAAAGCGUCCUGAUGCAGAUUUGAAGAACUAUUUUACUGAUAAGAAGGCUCAUCUUUAUACACUGGUUCUGAACCCAGAUAACAGCUUUGAAAUCCUGGUUGAUCAAACGGUUGUAAACAGUGGAAAUCUGCUGACUGACAUGACUCCUCCUGUGAACCCUCCACGAGAGAUAGAGGACCCAAAUGAUGAGAAGCCAGAGGAUUGGGAUGAGAGAGCCAAGAUUCCAGAUCCAGAUGCUGUUAAACCAGAUGAUUGGGAUGAGGAUGCUCCUGCUAAGAUUCCAGAUGAGGAUGCUGUGAAGCCUGAAGGUUGGUUAGAUGAUGAGCCAGAAUAUGUAGCUGACCCUGAUGCAGAGAAACCAGAAGACUGGGAUGAAGAUAUGGAUGGAGAAUGGGAGGCACCUCAGAUCGCAAAUCCCAAAUGCGAGUCGGCUCCUGGCUGUGGUGCUUGGCAACGACCUACAAUUGACAAUCCCAAUUAUAAAGGCAAAUGGAAGCCUCCCAUGAUUGAUAAUCCUAACUACCAGGGUAUUUGGAAGCCAAGGAAAAUUCCAAACCCAGACUUCUUUGAAGACUUGGAGCCUUUCAAAAUGACUCCUUUUAGUGCUUUGGGACUUGAGUUAUGGUCUAUGACUUCCGACAUAUUCUUUGAUAACUUCAUCAUCUGUACGGAUCGGGCAGUGGCAGAUGACUGGGGUAAUGAUGGAUGGGGUCUGAAGAAGGCAGCUGAUGGUGCUGCUGAGCCUGGCAUUGUGGGUCAGAUGAUGUCAGCAGCUGAAGAGCGUCCCUGGCUUUGGGUAGUCUACAUCUUAACUGUAGCUCUGCCUGUGUUUCUUGUUGUCCUCUUCUGUUGCUCUGGAAAGAAACAACCAAGUGCUGCAGAAUAUAAGAAGACUGAUGCCCCUCAACCUGAUGUAAAUGAGGAGGAGAAGGUGGAGGAGAAGGACAAGGGAGAAGCAGAAGAUGAAGAAGAAGAUGAUGAUGAAGAAGAAGAAGAGGAAAUAAAUGAUGAGAAGCCAGAAGAGAAGCAGAGGAGUGAUGGUGAUGCAGAUGGCGACAGUCAGGAGGAGGAGGAGGAGGAGGAGGAAGAUAGUAAACGCAUUAUACAGGAAGAAGAAACUGUGAAUAGUUCCCCCAGAAACAGAAGACCAAGAAAAGAUUAAAAUAUCCUAAGAACUUGAUCUGUUUAAUUUUCCCCAACAUGAUUUUGGGAGAGGACCUUGGAUACCUUUUGCUGAAACUCAGAAAAACCUCAAGACUUCACCAUCCACAGGUUCCUGUCAGAUACUCUUCAAUGUAAAUGAGUGUUUAGCAGUCAAAUAUUCGCAAUUGUGUUUUUUAAAUAGAGUAUUCCUGUAGAAAGAGAAUGCAUUUAACACAACCGAGCUAUGAAUUUCUGGAAUGUUACAAGAACUAACAUUUUUUUAAAAAAAAAUUUCUUUCUAAAUAGAAUGAUAGAAUUGCCAGUCCUAAAACCUUGGCUUUAAAUUAAUGUAUUCAUCUAUCAAUGGAUAUGAACAGCAAAGCUUAGAAAAAUGCUAGGUGAUAUGCAGUUUUUAUAAUUUUUUUUUUUUACAAACAUGGACAUUCUUAUACACCACGUAUUUCUCUUCAUUUGAUCAUGUUAAAGCAAACUUACCAACUACAUUAAUAUUUCCACUUCAGUCAGAGAGAGAGGAUGAUGAAGAAAGUUUAAUCCAUUUAAGAAGCUAUAUCAAGUGCUCAAAUAACUUUCCUUCUUUCUCACUGGAGAAAAAACAUGGUGAGGCCAUGAAAUAUGUACAUUGGUCAUGGGUACUGCCCAGUUGAAACAGUAUUCAAGUGGCCUGAAUCUGGGAGCAGCUUUUGAUUUAGGGUACUAAAACUAAGACUGAAUGUCUUGUUGCUUUAGUCCUUGAAUUGUUUUCAUUGUGUUGGGAUUGUUUUCUAUAUUUUUUCCUGUGGUUUUUAAACUCCCUCCUCCUCUUCCAGCUUCCUCUGCUACUAUGCAGUUCCUUCAGAAUACAGCUUCACUGCUGUAGAAUACAUACGCUCAGCUCACUGUUAAGUUGCGUGUCUAAAAUGUACUUUCUUUGAGGUCCAAACACUGUGGAGAAAACAGUGUUGCUAACUUUCUCAUCGUUGCCAUUGUACGUACGCUCGUGCGCAGAGAUGAAGUGAGCAAAGCUCAGGCAAGCUGAUCCUGAAGACUUGCACCAAAAGCAUACGUCAGUAUUUGUGGCUGAGGAAGGAGCAUGUAAAGACUUACUGGAUAUAUGUAAUAAUUUGAGUCUCCACCUGCUCUUCAUGUAUCAAACUAUUGUGAAUGUAGGGGGUUCCAAUUCCAGCUGAAUAAAUUUUUUUUAAUGUGCUGCA